UUCUCCUCCAAUGAAGGAUACAAAACGCUUUUAAGGACCGUAAAGCUUCGAUUGUAUUCAUAGAUACAUACUUCUCACACUACACCAAAAACCAAAAAAUCAUGUUUACGAAAACGAUACCGAAGAUUUAUACGGUGGCCGCAGUUGCCUCGUUCGUCGUUCUGGUGACGUAUCUUUCUAUCUUCUCCACCGUGUCUGAUCUUCAAAUGAUUCCUUCGUUAAGUUCCUCUCAAGGCACGUUGCAACAAACAUGGAAAUCCAGAAUUAGAAGAGUCGAGGACCAGGCCCCGCAAGAGAUGACCUCAUCAACAAUCACAUGUGACCGUUCCCACACUGACUUCGAUCUCUGCUCAAUCAACGGCACCUGUAGUCUUGACCAAAGAACUGGAACUUUGGCUCUCAUGGACCCCACUUCCUCCACGUCAGCACCAAUUGUCGAGAAGAUCAGGCCAUACCCAAGAAAAGCAGACAACUGGGUCAUGCCUAGAAUCAAAGAAGUAACACUAACCUCAGGCCCAUUAUCCCGUACUGGAUCAUGUGACAUAACACAUGAUUCACCUGCUAUUGUGUUCAGCGCCGGAGGUUACACCGGAAACAUCUAUCACGAUUUCAUCGAUGGUUUCAUUCCACUCUUCAUCACAGCAAAUUCGAUCUACCCCGACCGAGAUUUUGUCAUUGUGGUAGUCAACCCCAAGGAAUGGUGGAUGCCAAGAUACAUGGAUGUUCUAGGUGCGUUUAGCAAACACAGAACCAUAUUACUCGAGAAUGAAAAUGCUUCUUCUAUUACACAUUGUUUCACUUCAGCUGCUGUGGGCUUAAUUUCUCAUGGGCCCAUGACAAUUGACUCAACCCAAUUACCCAACUCCAGAUCAUUAGUGGACUUUCAUAAUCUCUUAGACAGAGCUUACAACACAAACAUAGCUACUCUUAAAGCCCAUAAGCCUCGCCUCAUAUUGAUCAGUCGAUAUGGUAACGUUGGUAGGGUGAUAUUAAACGAGGAGAAGAUCAAAGAGAUGCUUGAAGAUGUUGGAUUCGAGGUAACCAUAUUCAGACCAUCGAAAACAACGGGCUUGAAAGAAGCGUAUAAACUUAUAAAGUCGAGCCACGGGAUGGUCGGGGUACAUGGUGCUGCACUAACACAUUUGCUGUUUCUUAGACCCGGUUCGGUUUUGGUUCAGAUUGUUCCGCUUGGGUUAGGUUGGGUGUCUCAAACGUGCUUUGAAUCGCCAGCUAAGGCAAUGAAGUUGGAGUACACUGAGUAUCGAGUGAAUGUUGAAGAGAGUAGUUUGGUAGAAAAGUAUAGUAGAGAUGAUUUGGUUUUGAGAGAUCCGAUUGCUUUUAGAGGAAUGGAUUGGAAUGCGACUAAAAUGAAUGUUUAUUUGAAAGAACAAGAUGUUAGAUUAGAUGUGACCCGGUUUAGGCAACAUAUGAUUAAAGCUUAUGAGAAAGCUAAGUCUUUUAUGGACAUAGAAGGUUAAUUCACGUUUUAUGUUUU